AUGUCAUCGAGCUCGCGGCCAUGCUCCAUGGCCGCACUAGCGCCUACGCUACAGGAAAUACUUGCCAACAAGGCUCCCCCGCCAUGCACGUUGAGUGCCUUCAUGGCAUAUCUUUCCCAAAAUCACUGUCUCGAGACGCUAGAAUUUACAAUGGAAGCAGAGCGGUACCGCGUCGCGUACCAUCAACUAGCCGGCGAUGAGACGACCUGGUCCCGAGACGCUAGCGAUCACCUUUGUGGCCAUUGGCAGAAGCUGAUCAACGCCUACAUAACGCCUUGUGGACCUCGCGAGGUGAAUCUCCCUGGGCCCGUUCGGGAUCGGCUGCUGCGGCUGCCUUGCUCGUCAACACCACCUAGCCCCUCGGAACUGGAUGAGGCUGUGCGGAUAGUCUACGAGUUGAUGAAUGACUCAGUGCUACUCCCCUUUAUCGAGUCGAUGCACCUUUCAGAGUAUGACCAGGAUACGCGUCAAGGACGUGCGAAACUGCGAAUCUCCCGGGACCCCUCCAAGUCUUCUUUGGAAGAAUCUAGUCGGUCUCCCAAGGUUUCUUUGCUGCCGCAACUCCACAUUGGACGGAAGGGGGAACACGCGGUGCGAUCCUCUUCGUCGUCUUCGACUGACGCAGUAGAGAGAGACGCGGAUGACAAUGUUAACUCGCCGACGGCUGGGGAUCCCCUGACGCCGCCAACCACUCCUCCAACCUCGGAUUGGGGUUUCGGUGCAUCGCCAGGUGGUCUACAACGGGCUAUCAGUAUACACAACAACGGGUGGAAGCGAAUGAGCGCCAGGCUGGGACUUGGGAAGAAGUCCAACGCAAGAAAGCAACGUGGUAAUACCUCGGACGCUCCCACAGCGACCUCUUCGGAUACCGACGUCAUGUCACAACCGACACACAGUACAAACAAGAUUCCAUCUUCAACAAAACCAUUGCUGAUCCAUUCACCGGCACUUGAACUUGACGCGGUUGAUCCCAGCGCCAAGGGUCUCGGCAUUCACGGCAAUCAUUCCCACGUCUCUAUGCAGGGGUUCGACGCCCAGGAGAAAGGAGCAGCCACAUGGGAGGAGCCCCAUCCUGGUCAGCUGCUGACACUGCCGCAUGCCGACGAAGAGGCGUGGGAUGCAGGAAGCCGUGUCGAACUUAACCGAAGCAAUAUGGAGAGUGCUGUGUUUAGGUGCGAUAUGACCGCAAAUCUGAGCAUGUUGCAGACGAGACUGGUCACAGGGGACACGUGUUUCUAUCGUCACAUCUCGCGGGCUAAGAGAAGCAGGUGUGGAGCUGUGCUUCAUUCUUCUGUGUCUGCAUGCGAUUCUGUCCCUACAAAUGGGGAUCACUUCGGCGCAUUGCCAAGUCGUAGCAAGGUAGUGGAUUCGCCUACCCUUGAGACCUCGAAUGAGGAUGAAGCAAGUGUCACUCAGUCACCGUACGAUACGGACGACCAAUCGACAAUCAAAGAGGUCCCGCUGCCUGUAUCGUCUCCGCAGCUACGAAUGACCGACUUUUCCAAAUACAUCGACAUGGACAUUGAUGAAGACGAGGCUCAGGACCCCGCCACCAUAGUAAGCUCUGGCAAGAUGUCCCCCAUCGUUGUUGCGGUCGACGAUGCCUACGGGUGGGAAGCCGAGUUGAACCGGCGCUCCACUGGUAGCAGCAACGUUCGACACUUGUCGGAUUGUCAUUACCAACAAUCAUGCGUGCCGAAGCGUGGCCUCCUGCAUCGUUUUUUCAGCAUCGGACACACAUGA